AUGAGAAGAUUCUGGGAGGAAAUACAAAAACCAUAUCUUGCAGUUGCACCUAUGGUUGGAAACUCCGAAGAGGCUUGGCGCAGAUUAUCAAAGAGACAUGGGGCAAAUCUAUUUUACACAGAGAUGGUACAUUGUGAAUCUUUUUUACGUGGAUCCAGGAACCCCGUGAAGAAUCGAUGGUACACAACGUCUGAGAGUGAUAGGCCUCUGGUAAUUCAGAUAUGCGGAAAUUCGCCAAAGACCAUGCUAGAAGCAGCUUUGAUAAUGCAGAACCAUUGUGAUGCAAUUGAUAUCAAUUUUGGAUGUCCACAAAAAGUGGCUAGAAAGGGAGGUUACGGUGCAUAUCUGCAAGAGAACUGGGAUUUGACAGAGAGGAUAGUGAAGGUUUUAUCUACAGGCCUUAAUGUUCCUGUCUCCUGUAAGAUAAGGGUGUUUGAAUCGAUAGAAAAGACAGUGGAAUAUGCAAAGAUGAUAGAGAAGGCUGGAUGCUCUUUACUGGCAGUUCAUGGUAGAACAAGAGAUCAGAAGGGGCCAGCAAUGGGGCUUGCGAGCUGGGAUCACAUCAAGGCAGUAAAAGAAAACCUAAAAAUUCCUGUCCUUUCAAAUGGGAACAUAAUGACUCAUGAGGAUGUCUGGAAAUGCUUGGAAUAUACGAAGUGCGAUGGAGUGAUGGUUGGAGAAGCUCAUCUUUACAAUCCUCUUAUAUUCACAGGAGAAAAUAAGUCAUGUUUAGAGAUAAUUAGAGAGUAUUUGGACAUAUGCAUGGAGUCUCCUGGAUGUGCAGAAACAGGGCACAUCAAAUCGCACAUGUUUAAAUUACUGCAUAGUUACUUCACCAUCAAUCCAGAAAAACAACCUGAUCUCGAUUCCUGCAGCACCAUAGACCAAUUUUAUAAUCUUUAUUUAAAUCUCGUGAAGGAAGCGGAGUCUGCAGUAAGCAAAGAAGUAUAUUUAAGCAUCUACAAAAUGGCACCUCUUUCUAUUUCUGGCGCGAGCAUACAUGAAAACAAUAGUAAAAACAAAUAA